AUGGAGAACUAUGAGAUGGUGAAGGCGAUCGGCAACGGCGCGUAUGGCAACGUCAUGCUGGCACGCCACCGUAUCGAGGAGCGAGAGUAUGCUAUCAAGCGCAUCAAGUUUCAGGACGUCCAGGAGGCAGACCAGGUCAGCAUCCGCAACGAGGUCAAAAUCCUGCAGACCCUCAAACACCCCAACCUCAUCCCCUACAAGGACUCGAUCACCGACUCCGAGGGGUACUUGAACAUAAUCCUGGCGUACUGCGAGGGCGGGGACAUGUACAAGCGCGUGAAGGGGGCGAACGGCCGUAACUUCCCCGAGGAGCAGGUUCUGGACUGGCUGUGCCAGAUCUGCCUCGGCCUUUACUUCAUGCACGACAACAAGAUCCUCCACCGCGACCUCAAGCCCCAGAACAUCUUCCUGAAGGACGGGCGGGUGCUGCUGGGCGAUUUCGGCAUCAGCAAGAUCCUGGACUCGACUGCCGAGCUGGCCAGCACGUGCAUCGGCACGCCCUACUACAUGUCGCCUGACCUCUACAAGUACAACAAGUACUCCUAUAAGGCGGACAUCUGGGCGCUCGGGUGUGUCCUGUACGAGCUGUGCAACCUGCGGCUGCCGUUCGAGGCCAACAACCAGGCCGCCCUCUCGGUCAAGGUCAUGAAGGGACACUACUCCCCCAUCACCUCGAUCUACUCCAAGCCCCUCCGCGAACUCAUCCACAAGAUGCUCUCUCUCGAUGCCAAGGAGCGGCCCUACAUCGUCGACAUCCUCCGCAAGCCCUAUAUCAAGAAGCGCGUCCAGGGGUUCGUGGCCAGCAUGGUCAAGAAGGCCCGCAACCUGGGCGUCAGCCAUGAUGCCAUCCGCGAAGAGAAGGAAGAGCUUUCCACCCACCUCAGUUUCAAGAGCGAGGACCGGGAGAAGAAGAUUUCCAUUCACGAGUCCAGCAAGCGCGAGGGCUCGGUGUCCCUGGACAAAAAGCAGAAGGAGCGGUCCAUCGACCGUCGGGAAAAGAGCAUCGAAAAGUUCCAGAAAGACAAAGAGGAGGAGGUGGAUCACCGGCAGAAGGUGCUCCUCGAGAAGGAGCGUAAGGAGCGUGAGCGAAGAGAGAGCUACCAGAAGGAAGUGCAGCAGCUGCACCGGGAGAACAGCAAGACUCGUGAACUGGCCAGCGAAAAGCACCGCGCCAUGUACAAGAUCAGCGAGCCCACCCCCGCCCCCCAGCCUGCACAGCGCCUGCGCAUCGCGGAGGACAAGCGCAUGGAGGAGGAGGACGACGCCGACUACCAGGAGGAUGAAAGCGUCCAGGAGAUCUUCCGGAUCGACGAGCUGGAAGAGGAGCAGGAGGAGGACGUGGAGCUGCUAAAGAGCUACCUCAGCAACCAGGUCAAGCAGAAGACCAUCAAGAUCACGGAGCUGAACCGGGAGCUGGACCGCGAGAUGCUGUCAAACUCGCAGGUGCUGCACCCGCCGGACGACGACUAG